AUGGCCGACAGCUCGCAAGCACCGGCGAGCCCCAAGGACGAGCGAGGCUACCCAGAAGCAGGCGAGGAUGCCGAGACGCGCGCCGCUCGCCGGGAACUGAAACAGUCGUCCAUAUCGGACCCUCCUGCUGCCGCUGGCCAUCUCGCCUCCCGGCCUGUCGACGACGAUGCGGCACGUCCCGAGACCCCCGCCGAGCAUGCAUCCGACAGCGCCGACGAGAGACUCAAGGAACAGAUGCCCUCUCCGAAGAAGAAGCGCGCACACGACCAGCUGGACGGAAGCAUAGACGUGGAGCAAAACGACGCCAACAGCGUUACAUCCACUGAAUCAACCAGAGAUCGCGCUUCCCGGUUAGAGCCAGAGAAGAAAAGGCAUCGUGAGGAGGACUCAUCAAGAGUGGUCUCGGUUUGUGAUGCCCCCCCAUUCCAUGCUACCCGUUCACUGUCGGCGGACACGCAACCCGUCACCGAAGAUGCGGCAGACACCAAGACCUCUCCAGCAAAGCCUAUGCCCCAAACGUCGUCCGCUGCGUUUUCGGCUUCAGGAUUUGGCAAGCUCGCUGCCGGAUCAUCCCCCUUCGCGAGCCUGAGCACGGCCCAGAGCAGCAUUUUUUCUCCUUCAAUUGGCUCCUCCGCCCUUUCAUCAACCCCCAGUUUGGGUGCGCCAGCAUCACAGCCCGCGUCGUCUGCCUCCAUGCCAAAGUUGACCUUCGGAAGUGCCAACAGUGCUUCACCAUUCGCCAGCCUUUCUUCAGGAUUCGGCGGCGCCACCCUCGGGUCUCCCUUUUCGGCCGGUAAAAGCCUUAGUAGCUUUGCGUCGCCCUCGGCCAGACCUCUUCAAAGUGAAAAGCCUGCAAAGCCUUUUGGGGCUCCGGAGAGCGAUGUGGAUGAUGAGGAUGAUGAAGACGCCGACCGCGAUGGCGAAUCCGAAUCAGACGAACAGGAGCGAGCCGCUUCGCCUGAAAGGGAACCAGAGGAGAAGAAGCGGUUCAAACUACACAAGGUCGAAGUUGACGAUGGUGAGGCAGGCGAAGCCACUCUGCUAUCCGUCAGGGCGAAAAUGUUUUACCACGACAAAGACGCCGGCUGGAAGGAACGAGGUGGCGGCAUGCUGAAAAUCAAUGUUCCGGAAGCCUGUAUCGAGUUUGAUGAAACUGGAGCACCUAUUCCUGGCUCCUUUGAUGCAUCCGGCCUUGAAGCUGGCGAGGGGGAUGAUACCAAGGCGCAAGGACAUAAGGUGGUUCGUCUUCUCAUGCGCCAAGACCAGACACAUCGUGUGAUUCUCAACACAGCCAUCCUCCCUGCGAUGACGUUCCAGGAAAAGGCAUCGCUGAAGACUGUCGCGAUCGUGUUUACGGCAUUUGAGGGCGAACCGGCGAAGCCUGUGAGCAUCACUAUGAGAGAUUCGUCGGCUGAGGACCCUGGAGUCGCGAAGCAUUCCCUUGUCCUAGCUAUGGACAACAAUACAGAAACUGCCCCGGCGGGGAGCGAGUUGGGACGCCAGGAUUUACGGAAGCGCGUCCAUGAGGAGGAUCCCCCGGGAGGCGAAGAUGGUCGGCAAGCUAUCCCAACCACCGUUCCGGAGAAAAGACCCAGGAAAAAACGGCGAGAGAGCAGUCAAAAGCAGCAUGAUCAGAUAGAUGGCUCAGAUAGUUCUGUUCCGUCAUCUAUUCCUUGGACCGACAGUCUGCAAGCCCUCGAGAGAGCGCAUCGAGCAUUGAACCUGGUCUACACCUUCUGCUCCACGCGCAAGCAUGUCUUGACGACGUUUGAGACCCUCCGACCCGCUGUCGAGUCGCACAUCAAGAAAGAGCUGACUGUCCAGGAUGUCGCUCAAAUGGUUGCUCUCCGUCCUGAAGCUUUGAAGUUCGAGUACGUCAAUGAGCUUAUGCUACAGCUCAACGUGAGAGGGGCACAGAGGGAUGAUGUCUUCAAGUCGUCACAGUCUUCCAUGUCCCAGACGCCGGCUCACGAUGCUUCCGUUGGCGGGUUGACUGGGAACGAGCGCCUGGGCGAUGAUGCGAACGACAAGGCUGCCAUGAACGGGCGCCAGGUUUUGUACCUGGAGUUCAUUGACGGAGAUCUGAAGCGACAAGUGGCGGAUAAAGCGACGGGAGAAGCGACGCGGCCAACCCAAAAGCUCAGGAAAGAGAAGCUAAAAAUGCCAGUAUACGGCCAAAAACAGAUGACGCAGCUGAUUGAGCGGCGCAACCAGAAGUUUGCCAAUGCCAUCAACGACUUUCUCAGCAAGUGCUUGGUCGACAGCGAGGAUCCAGACAGAGUCCUUCUUGAGAAAGCCCAAUUUUUCAUCCCAAAAUUGACGGUGAACGAUGACGUUGCACUCAGGCGCACGGCGAGUACUAUUCCGGAUGUCAUUCCUCAGGAGCGACAGAGUAUAUCAGAGAUUGUGAAUCUCAUCAAAGAAAGCUCAUGGUACUCCGGCCAAAUUGUGCCUGAUGGUCACAGAGUAUUCGAGCCACAGAGUCCGGCCUAUGGGAGUCUCAACUUUCUACUUUCCCAGGAUCUGGUGAAUGCUCUAUAUAACGCUAAACGAAUCACUCAGUUUUACACGCAUCAAGCAGAGGCUCUGAAUAGGCUACACGAAGGGCAAAAUAUCGUGAUAUCCACCUCAACCAGCUCUGGGAAAUCACUCGUCUAUCAAUUACCCGUGUUACAUGCCUUGGAGCAGGAUUUGGAAUCAAGGGCCUUGUAUAUCUUCCCAACCAAGGCACUGGCUCAGGACCAAAAACGCAGUCUCCGCGAUAUCUUGACCUACAUGCCAAGCCUUGAGCAUGUCUUGGUAGAAACUUUUGACGGAGAUACCCCCUUGAACCUUCGAGAUGCCAUUCGAGAAGAAGCAAGAAUCAUUUUUACAAACCCCGAUAUGCUUCACCUCACUAUUCUCCCUCAGGAGCAGAGGUGGAGGACGUUUCUCAAGAACCUCAAGUUUGUCGUUGUUGAUGAGCUUCAUUACUACAAUGGCCAGCUCGGAUCCCACGUUGCCUUCAUCAUGCGAAGACUGCGACGGAUAUGCGCUGCAGUAGGAAAUCGGCACGUUCAGUUUAUUUCCUGCUCUGCCACGGUGGCCAAUCCUGAGGAGCACUUCAAGUUGAUAUUUGGUGUGUCGGAUGUAUGUUUGAUCGAUUACGACGGCUCGCCAUCCGGCAGAAAAGAGUUUCUUUGCUGGAACACACCAUUCAAGGAACCUGGGGAUCCCGCGAGCGGACGUGGCAGCGCCAAGUUUGAAUGUGCUCGUCUAUUUUGCGCUCUCCUGCUCAGGGGCGUCAGGAUCAUUGCUUUCUGCAGAGUUCGCGCACAAUGCGAGGCGUUGACCAACGCCAUAAAGCAGGAGUUACAUGAACUUGGUCGUCCAGAAUGCACCAAUCUCGUCAUGGGCUAUAGGGGCGGAUAUACGGCCCGAGACCGCCGAAAAAUCGAGACCGAAAUGUUCCAAGGCAAGUUGCUCGGUAUCGUGGCGACUACGGCGCUUGAGCUCGGGAUUGAUAUCGGCAGUCUCGAUUGUGUCCUCACAUGGGGUUUCCCUUACACAAUCGCGAAUCUACGGCAGCAAAGUGGGAGAGCAGGACGGCGAACCAAGGAUUCACUGUCGAUUCUCGUAGGCGAUAGCUUUCCCACUGACCAGCAUUACAUGAACAACCCCGACGAGCUUUUCUCAAAACCCAACUGUGAGUUGCGUGUGGACUUGGACGAUAUGCUCAUUCGCGAGGGUCAUAUUCAAUGCGCAGCAUACGAAAUGCCUAUUCGGCAAGAGGAAGAUAUGCAAUUUUUUGGCCAAGAUCUGCCUCAGAUUUGUCGGGAGCGGUUGGUCAAAGACGACGCGGGAUUCUUUCACUGCCACGACCGCUUUCGCCCAAACCCAGCCCAAUAUAUCGCCAUCCGAGACGCAGAAGAUGACCACUUUGCAAUCAUUGAUAUCACGAAUGGAAGAAACGAGGUUCUGGAGGAGCUCGAGGCGUCGAGGGCGACUUUUACCAUCUACGACGGUGCCAUAUUCCUCCAUCAGGGCAACACGUAUCUUAUCCGCGAUUUUCUCCCAGACCAAAGCAUGGCCAAAGUCGAGAGGGUCAACGUUGAAUGGACCACGAUGUCGCGAGACUUUACCGAUAUUGAUCCUGUGGAAAUCGAGGCCAUUCGUACGAUUUCUGGGUCGUCCUGUCACGCUUACUAUGGGGGCAUCAAGAUCCAACAGAACGUGUUUGGAUUCUUCAAGGUAGACAAAAAGGGGCGAAUCAUCGACGCGGUACAAGUAGACAACCCACCCGUUAUCCGGUACAGCAAAGGCAUGUGGCUAGACAUACCAGCACAGGUGCUUGAGCUGCUACGAGAUCUACAGCUGAAUGCGGCGGCGGCGAUACACGCAGCGGAACAUGUCAUCAUGAGCUUACUACCCGCGUUCGUCAUCAGUCUCCCAGGAGAUGUACGAACGGAAUGCAAGGUUGCUCUUAAAGAGUUUGCCAAAAAGGAGACAAAGAGGAAGCGGCCGGCUCGACUCACAUUCUAUGACGCCAAGGGAGGUGCCAAUGGUUCCGGCGUCAGCACUAAGGCUUUUGAUCACAUCGACCAUCUGCUGGAGCGUGCUUUGAAAAGAGUGGAGGAAUGCUGUUGCCAACAAGGCUGCGUUGAGUGCGUGGCUUCUGAAAUUUGUAAGGAAUCCAAUGAGGUUAUAAGCAAGACAGGAUGCCUUGUUAUUCUCAGGAGCCUUCUAGGGGUGGAUAUUAGAAGAGAGGAUUUACAGCAAGGACCUGAAGAGAUAUAUCUAGGUGUAGAGACAAUAGCUUCUGCAACUCCAAUCCCACUAAAGAGGUAA